AUGUAUCAAAAAAGUAAACCAUGGGCACUGUUCAGAAAUACAGAUAAAAGCGAGUAUUGCGCAUUAUUCAUGGCAGUUAUUUUCGCUACUAUAGUUGGAGCUUUACUACCCGUUCAUUCUCUUAUACUGAGGGGUGUAGUCAAUGACUUCACCGAGGAAAUUUUUCUCAAAGAAAGCAUCUAUGUAUAUUCUAAAUGGUUUGCUCUUGUGGGUGUUACAGUGUUAUUAUUAGCAUUCGGUCAAGAUUUCUUGAUCAAUUUGUUCACAAUCAGGAAAAUUAACCGAAUUCGUUCGCUGUAUUUCAGAAGCAUUUUACGCCAGGACGUUGCAUGGUUUGAUGAACAGUCAUCUGGAUCACUCAUCAGCAAACUAUCUCAUAACAUUGACAACAUUCAACUAGGGAUGGGUUCAACAUUGACCGAUUUCUUUAAAAACUUGUCUGGAUUCAUAGAAAUAGUUGCAUACGCACGCGCUGGUGCUGUUGCCGGCGAAGUCCUAGAAGCUAUACGCACUGUUGUUGCGUUCGGUGGAGAGAAAAGGGAGUUGAAAAGAUACCGUGAGCAACUGGGAACGGCAGAAAAAGCUGGGCUGAAAAAAGUAGUGGCAUCAGGUGCAGUUAAUGGGACAAUUGGACUGACUGUGUUUUGUUCUACUGCUCUACUAUUUUGGUAUGGCUUUAAAUUAAUAGUAAAUGAAGAUUAUGACGCUGGAGCUAUUGUGACGAUUUUCGUGAAUGUUCUUUUAGGAAGUGUUUUUCUGGGUAACGCUCUACCAAGUUUUCAAUAUUUUAUGAACGCACAGGCGUCAGCCACUGAAAUUUACAGUAUUAUCGAGCGUGUCCCGGAAAUUGACAAAGACUGUCACGGAAGGCUGAUUCCGAACUUUUCUGGGAACGUCACAUUCAGAAAUGUUUCUUUCGCAUACCCAAGUCGACCAGAUAUUGCAGUUUUAAAGAAUUUUAGUUUAAGCAUCAAAAGUGGGCAAACUGUGGCAUUGGUUGGACCGAGCGGUUCAGGGAAAAGUACCGUUGUUCAUAUGUUGCAAAGAUUUUAUGACCCAACGAAAGGCGAGGUAUUAAUCGAGGAUGAGGACAUCAAGAAUCUGGACCUGAAAGCUUAUCGUAAUCAGAUAGGCUGUGUACAGCAAGAACCGGUACUUUUCGAAGGAACUAUCAGUGAUAACAUAAGGUUAGGGAAGCUGGAUGCAACUCAAGAUGAGAUAGAAGAAGCUGCAAAGCUUGCCAACGCUCACGGUUUCAUUCAACAACUCCCAGAUGGAUACGACACUUUUGUGGGUGAACGAGGUGGCGGAAUGUCAGGUGGUCAGAAGCAACGUAUAGCAAUCGCUCGAGCUCUGAUUAGAAAGCCGAAGUUGCUGCUGUUGGAUGAAGCAACGUCCUCACUUGACGCAAAAUCAGAACGUCUUGUCCAAAUGGCUUUGGAUAGAGCGGUUGAGGGGAGGACUGUGGUAGUUGUUGCUCAUCGUCUUACAACAGUUCGUAAUGCGAAUUUGAUAGUCGUGCUUGAUAAGGGAGUGGUUCGCGAAUCUGGGACACACGCUGAACUUGUGGCUGAAAACGGUCUUUAUGCUGCGAUGCUUAGUAAUCAGAGAAUAUUGGAAAGUGCUGAGAACGAUGACAGUGAAUUAUUGGAUGAAGGAUCUCGAAAUAAAUGUAUCGUCAGUGGAAAAGACUUGUUGACGAAAUUAGACGAUAUUUGUAAAAUGGAUAAUGGUGAAGAUAAUGUAUCUGAAACCACUGGAAAUGUUACAUACGGGAAUUUUUCCCUUAUUUCAACAAUUUCGAUUCUACGUAAUCAAGAAAAAAAUAUCAAGCUUUCUCCUACAUUAAGGGUUUUAAAACUUAAUAGACCUGAACUACAUCUGAUAGUUUUAGGAUGUAUUUGCUGUGUGAUUAGUGGGACCACUCAACCAGCUUUUGCGAUUCUGUAUACUGAAAUGUAUAGUAUUUUUCCUUUGCGAUCUAAUCCAGAUCUGCUGUUUAGUCGACUCACUGUUGUAUGUGGGAUGAUGGUGGUGAUUGGAAUUCUACGUUUUGUAGCUAAUGUCAGUCAGAGUUUACUUUUUGGAAAAUCAGGCGGUAUAUUAGUUAGUCGCCUACGAUCAAAAGUUUUUGAGAGCAUGCUAAAUCAAGAAAUAGAAUGGUUCGAUAAACCGGAGAACCAAGCAGGAGCAUUAACUGUAAAACUGGCCAAUGAUGCUAUGAAAGUGACAAUGAUUUCAGGUUCACAAUUGGGUUUCAUCAUAGAAGCUGUAGCAUUGAUAGCUAUGUCUUUUGUGGUUUCGUUUAUCUACAGUUGGCAACUGACUCUCUUAAUAUUAGCCUUCUAUCCACUUAUUGUCAUUGGAGGAUUUUUACAGAUGCGAACACUUUCAGGAAGUAGUAAUAUUCGGAAUGCUAAUGAAGCAAUGAGAAUUGCUCAAGAGGUGACUGGCUCAAGCUACACAGUUACUGCAUUUACAUUAGAAGAUUACUUCUUUAAACGUUUUGAAUUUCAUGCAGUUGAAAAUCUGAAAAAUAACUUGAAAACGAUAUUUUUAAAUGCUAUUAUGUACGCUAUUGCAGAAAGUGUAUUGUUGUUCGCAGUAGCUGCUGCGUAUUCACUCGGUGCACACUUGGUUUCAACAAAAGCAGUAACGGUUUUAGCAGUGUUCAGGGUUUUCGUAACUAUCCAUUUGAGUGCUCAAUCUCUUGGCCGUACAGCUACACUAGUUUUGGGUACUAAAGCAGCAGGUUCAGCUGCGAAAUGGAGUGUACCACGUGAAAAAUUCAAAGGGAAAAUUUCGUUCAAGAACGUUGAUUUCAAAUAUUUUUCUCAAACUGAGAGACGGGUUCUUAAGAACUUUUCACACACUAUUGAGCCUGGUCAAACAGUCGCAUUAGUUGGACCUUCUGGUUGUGGUAAAUCAACAUUGCUUCAGUUAGUAUUGAGAUUCUACGAUCCAACAUAUCACGGUCCCGAUACUGGUGUGUUUUUCGAUGAUAUGAAUAUUAGAGAUAUUGCACCUAGUUGGGUUAGAAAACAGAUUGGUCUUGUUUCACAAGAACCCACUUUAUUCGAUCUCACGAUAAGAGAGAAUAUUGCGUAUGGAGACAAUAGUCGAGAAGUGACGAUGGAAGAGAUUAUUGAGGCAGCACGUGCAGCUAGCAUCCAUGAUUUUAUUACAACACUCCAGAACAAUAUGAAACCAAAGUUGGACAACGUGGAUCAAAGUUAUCUGGAGGACAGAAACAGAGGAUAGCCAUUGCACGAGCUUUAAUUCGUAAACCUGCUCUACUUCUGUUGGACGAAGCUACUUCAGCUUUGGACAAUGAGAGUGAGCGGAUAGUUCAAGAAGCCCUUGAUGCUGCUAUGGGAACGAGAACAUCAUUAGUUGUUGCUCAUCGCCUGUCUACAGUCGUCAAUGCUGACUUGGUAGUAGUUUUGCGGGAUGAACGAAAGAUAGAGUCAGGACCUCCAGCAGCACUGCUCGCUAAGAAAGGAGCUUUCUAUGCUUUGCACCACAUGGAGAAUUAAAUCAUCUCAUCAAACUCAUUCAUCAUUACACAUCAUUUUGGUGUUGUUGAUUUUGAUAUAAAAUUAUUUCAAAU